AUGAAAGGAGAUAAUAGUCCAACAACUACUUUUCUCCGGAUGCACCUGGUGCUUGAGCCUUCUGUCCAUGAAAAGCAGUGGCAGGCAUCCUCAGGAAGGAGUCUGCAGUCUUUGGAAAUAACCAGAAUAACUGCUAACUUUUCUGUGAGCUGGGUGCUGGGCUGUGGACUUCACAAUGACCCAAUGAAUGAGGUAGGCACUGCUGUCCCUGUUCCACAGAUGAGGGAACUGAGGCACAGAGAGGUUAAGUCACCUGCUGGAGGUUGCACAGCUAGGUCUGAACCCCACCCUGUCGAAAAUGUAAAACCCAGGCUCCUAAACCCGGGGCCUGGGCAGGUCUUGUUGCAAGUGAGUUGUUUCCGUCCUGGUCACAACAGGUUAAUGAACUGGCUGGAGAAAAAAAGCCACGCCAAGGAGCUUCCAGCCCUGGGGGCUGGGGAAAUUUAG